AUGAGUCCUUACUGCCUAAUAAGUAAUAAGACCUUCACUCAAACUUUAUUGUAUGGCUUUCUCCCUGCUGUGUCCCCCGACCGAAGUAGUUCAGAGCGGUCCUCACCCCUCGACACAGCUGAACUCCUUCGCGAUGCCCCUCUAUACCCCCCUCUACGUGACGAACAUUAUGUCGACGCUGAAGACCUCAAUAAGCCAAACAUCGAAGAAAACAUCGACAAAAUUACUAAUUUAGAUCCCGAUUUUAACAACGAUCAUUUACGACCGUUUUUUGAUACAAACGAAUUUAACGAUGAAGAAUCUAUAGAAAAUGCUGCGGUUAAUGAAGUUACUGGUGUUGAGUAUGAUGAUCUCGAAACAAAUAUUGAAGACAGUAGUUUAUUAGUUACACCGGACGAGUCGUCUUUAGAUGAAUCAAAUGUAGAAUCGGAAAACAAAAUUUUUGAAGUUCCUAAGCAAAAAGAUGAAAGAAAUACAUAUUCAAGUGAUAUAGAUAAUAGCAAUAUAACGCCAGAUGAUUAUAACGAAUUUACUGAAAAUUUCUCUCAGACUUUGGAUGAAGGGGAACUACAAAACGAAAAAUCUACUAUAGAUGUUGAAAAAUCAACUAAGAAAUAUUUAGAGGCAAAUAAUAUAAAAGAAUCUAAUAACGGUUUCAUAGUUGCUCCAGCUGCAAAUGUUGAAGAGUUAAAUAGAAUUUUAAGAGCUGAGGAAGCGAAAGUUGAAGAAGAAAAUAAAAAAAAUACAUCUGAAGAAGACUUGAAUGAUGAGUCGAUAGUUGAAGACGAAAAAUCGGAGAAUGUUUUUAGUGCUACAGAGGAAGAUAGUUUCGAGCGCAAGAAACGGAGUAGCGGACAAGAAUGGGACAAAACCUCAAAGUCUCGUCGAGUUAAAACCGGUGACACCAUAUUAAACAUCCGAGGGGCAGUACGCGAUGCUAUCGGCGACGCGGGCGCAGCGCCCGGCAUGCGCGCCUCCUCGCGCGUCGACGCGUUCGUGAUACGGCCUGCGCCCGUCAUGCGGGACGAGCCCCGCGACCAGAUGAGGGAAGCGAGAAGGGACAGAGUGUCUGCUCCUCCGCCACAGCCACAAAAGCUGGAGCGCGAGCUGUUGGUCGAGCCACAUGCGCAUGCGCGCAUCGUGUGCGACCUCGUCAAUGUCACCAACCUGCGCUGGUACAAAGAUAACGAGCAAAUAAACCUGCCUUCCUCCCCUGGGGGUGGAGAGUCGGCUUGGAAGGAGGGAGAUGCGGUGGAGAUACCUCGCGCGUCUCGCGGCCACGCGGCGCGCUGGCGGUGCGCGGGGAGGGACCGCUCUGGUCGCACUGUCAGUGGGGAGCCCACGAAGUUACUUAUAUAUGAGCCGGUACGCUCAGUAUACUUGGCGGUGGACGGGCGCCGUCUCGAUGCUGGGAACACGUGGGUGCCGGUUCGAGACAAAACCGUGUUGGAAGUUAGAUGUGUAGCUGAAGGUGGUGUUCCUCCACCGGAACUGUCAUGGCGCUUGCUAGCUUUGGAGCCUGCGCUGGACCACCGGCCGUAUCUUCGUAUACAUCACACCAACUACUCUAUUGAGGGUGUGUCGUGGUCCCGCGUGGUAGUGACGGCGGCUCGAGAGCUUCACAACGCGACGUUGCAGUGCGAGGCGAGGCAGCGGCGGCCGGAGAUACCCCCCGCGGCCCCGUACGACGUGUUGACUGCUAAACUUGAGAUACACGUUACUUAUCCUCCAUCUUUCGUGAUAUCUCGAUGGCCCGGUUUCGGCAUCUCACUGACGGCUGGUGGCGCGGCCGCCUUGCGCUGCGACGUGGACGCCAACCCGCCGGCCAGAGCCACGUGGAUGAGAGACACUGAUCGACCUUCCAGUUCCCCGACGCCGCUUGAGGUGGGCGCAGAGGACGGCGCGUCGCUGGGCUCGGCCACACUGCGCUGGGCGCGGCUGCGGGAGAGCCAUGCUGGAUGGUACCGCUGCAGGGCGCGCUGGAUGGACACUGAGUACUCCUCUAUUGGGUAUUAUCUCAAUGUUUUGGCCGGUGACGACAACACGUUGUCAGCGUCAGAAUCUGAUGCCAAGGACGAGCAACCCGACCAUCAGAAAGUGGAAGUGCCUCUCGGGGGAAAUGUACAACUACAUUGCCCUAAAGGUAGCGUCGGUUGUUGGUGGAGACGCGUGGUGGGUAAUGCCAGCGACGCGUGGGCGCCGGCCGGCUCGCACCACGCACAUGGCGUGUUGGGUAUAAAAGAAGCUAUGUACGAGGAGGGAGGCGAGUACCGCUGCGUGGGCGCGCGCGCUCCGGACCUCAAGCGGCUGAGAGAGCUCAAGCGAGUCACUUUGCGUGUCACAGGCGGGGCUACUGCAACAGCAGUAAGUGCUGAUCCAACUCCCAACGGUUGGCGAUUAGAGUGUGGCGCGUGUGGACGCAACCUUAGAGUACUAUGGCUUAGAGGAGGAAGAUCUACGCCCGCCAUACUAACCCCAGACCUCGCCCAACACUGUUGGAAAGCUAUCCUGCUAGUUCCAGAACCAGAUGAGGUGUGGUGUGUCGCAGUGUCUUCUAAUGGGGGAGCAGUAGCUGUGUUUCCGAAGAGAUCGGUACAAGCUUCGCCAUCUCCUGCACGUCACGCGGUCAGAGCACUUCACGCUGCUGCCUCAAAAGCCUUUGUAACACCAAUUUUGAUAGGACUUGGACUUUUCUUUGUU